AUGGCGAUUUCCCUGGGUGUUUUCUCGAGCUUCUUGCCCGGUGAAACGACGUCGUUGGUGAAAAAUUCGUCUAUUGUUAGGCUAGCUCCUUCUAAUCUGCGCACAGUGAGACCAGUGACUUUGGCUGCAUCAUCGAAAUCGGCCAUGGAGACGAACAAGCGCGAGCCAAGGGGCAUAAUGAAGCCGCGCCGAGUAUCUCCGGAAAUGCAGGCGUUUCUUGGAGGUGUCUCAGAAAUCUCCCGCACUCAAGCGCUUAAAGAGAUUUGGGCGUACAUUAAGCAACACGACCUUCAGGAUCCUGCUGAUAAGAAGGUAAUCAUCUGCGAUGAGAAUCUGAAGAAUAUUUUUGGAGGAAGAGACCGUGUUGGGUUCCUCCAGAUUGCUGGUUUGAUCAAUCCUCACUUCCUCAAGUGA